ACUCCUGCUGAAAUAGCGGCUGCUGCAUUUUUAUUCGUUCUUGUGUAGUUUUUUAUUCAUUUAAAUAAUCAAAACAACUUUGGAGCCAAAUACGUGUUAAUAUUCAGGCCCCAGUUUGGCAUCAAGUGAAUCCCUAGAAGAACCACACGCAUUCUUUUUCAGGUUAGGUUUGCGCCGCUUUGGUUUAUACACAGAUCUCAUAAUGAGUCAAUUGGAACGGUCUUUACUAUUACUGGAUGAGUCUAACAUCCGGUCCAAGUGUGGCCUGCUGCGCGGUAAAGACCGGGAUCUUCGUGGCAGCCCAACUGUAAUGGCGACUGAAGACUUGUCCGUCACCGCAAUGGAUUACGACAUGUCACUUACUGUUGGACCACAGGAUAUUCGGAGCUUCAUGCUAGACCAAUCGCAACGGCAACCAAAUCUAUCUGAAAGUCGCCUCAGCUUCGCCGGCAGUCAGUUUAGCGUGAAUGGUGUAAAUGUGCGUUCCAAAACAGAUGCUCUAUUCGGGCAGUUUUUGGAAGUGCUACAGCGACGAACAAGCGAGUCUGAAGUUUUUGAAACAGUAGACGACUUGAUUGAAACACUAGAUGAGGCUCUCAACGAAAUUGAUAAGUUUGCUUCUCAGGUUGCUAUUGGAAAGGAGAGAAAAUUUGUGGCUGAGGAAUCGUGGUUGACUGUAGAACGCGACACCUGGAAAUUGCUUUUCGCACUUUACAAAGAUCGGCUAAUAGUUCAGAAAGAAGAUAAUGAAAUGGAUGACUUGCCAUUAGUGAACAGUGAACGAGCCAUUAUAGAGCAUUUAUAUGCGUCCAAUGCGAAUCUGAGAGAGUAUCAGCUAAUUGUGGAUUGGUUGGAGCAAACUGCACUUGAGCAAAACAGAAUGCAGAUAGGACAUUUCACGGAUCGAACAAUUGCCUGGGAAAACACACUACACCAACUGCAGAAUGUUGGUCAUACGGCUUUCGGAAGCUCUCGAGAGAUCGUGAAAAGUCUAGAUCCAGACGCACCAGCUCGGGAACAACGUCCUUUGCACGAUUUGGAUGUUGAAGACCAAGCAAGAUUGUCGCGGCAAAUAUUCCAAGAAGUUCGUUUCGGGAGAAUUGAAGAGGCACAGAAUUUGUGCGAGCACUGUGGUCAGCCUUGGCGUGCAGCAAUACUAGAAGGUUGGCGUCUUCACCAUGAUCCUAAUUUCGAACCUUGGACUGGUGCUUCCGCUGGUGGCACAUUGACUACUGGAAUGAAGCAAGCAAUUGAGGGAAAUCCACGGAGAGAUUUGUGGAAAAUGUUCGCCUGGAAAAUGGCACAAAACCUAAAGGUUGAUGAAUAUAGCCGGGCGAUGAUCGGAGCAUUUUGUGGCCACUUAGAUUCGAUGCUUAAUGUACUAGCAGAAUAUAGCUGGGCUGACGUUCUGUGGGCUUACUUGAAGGUUCAAAUUGAUAUCAGAGUUGAAAGUGAAAUUCGGUCCCAUUGCAUAAAAAGUUAUCUUCCAAUGCCUGAGCGUUACUGGAAUAGCAAAAUGUCCUUGGAGCAAAUCUUCGAGGAAUUGGAGGCGCACAAAAAUGUUCGAAUCAAGGCUACAGCUCGCGACGUUGAUCGCGUCAUUCAGAAGUAUCUAAUUUUGGACGACAUUCCGGAGCUUAUGCGUCAGAUUGACGGCUGGCUAUCGGAUGUGACUUUCACAUUAACGACUCAAAUGAUACGCUUUCUGGCUCAUUUAGUUUUAUUUGUGAGGCAAAUCGGUAAGCAGUGCCAGGAGGAUAUCGGCGAUAGAGUUAUCAAACGGUACGUGGAAUGUUUGAUCAAACACGGAGACCCCCAAUUGGUAGCAUUCUAUACGGCCGCAUUACCAGCAGACUUGCAAUUGCUUAUGUACUCUAACUUUUUGGAAACUAUCAGCGAAACCCAACAACGCAAACGCGCUCUAGAAGAGGCGUAUAAUUUUGGUUUGGAUGUGCCAGCAAUUACAAUUUACACCGUUGAAAAAAUAAGAAACCGAGAAGAUGAUUCUGACGAUGUAAAACCCCAGGAAGGUGACAUCACGUUGUUAGAUCAGUCCAAAAUCUCAUCACUGGAGUGGCUUAUUUUCUAUCCUGAUCAGCGGGGAGAGUUACUUUGGCAAACGAACGCGAUGGUGCGAACUUUUCUUGCCAAACGAAACAUUGAAGCUGCUCGUAAAGCAUUCAGUGUCGUCCCGGCGGACACCAUCCAACAGAUUAUCAAUAAUUACGGCUCAAAGGAUGACCUACCCCACCGGGAAGAAUGCAGCAUUAAGGAAUACCUGUGUCAUCAGACCUACCUGGCGGCAAUCGACGGUUACAACGAUUGGGUAGAAUAUUACUACAACAUGAAACCGAAGCCGCCUCAGUUGGUCAAAUCAAGCAACUUUACCGAACGUGUUGCAUCUGAACAUCGCGAACAGUCCUACCGGAUGGAUCUGGAACGCUGGCAUAGCCAGCUGCAGGACCAAACGGUUAUGACACGCGAUUUGUUGUACAACAUUCUACUCUUUCCCGAGAAGGGAUGGCUAAUCGAUCCGGAUUGCACUAACGAGGACCCGGAAGGAUCAAAGGAAGAAGAGUGGCGCCACCGGCGAAUUCAAAUGGAUAAUCUGAGGAAACUUUGCAUACCGGACGUAGUUCUGCUACUGCAUCAGAUUUUUACCCAGUCCGGACGAUUCGCUGAAAGUUUGCAGUUGGCAGACGUUAUUAGUUCGGAACAACGCCAAUUGUACACUGUCUAUUCCAAGCACAAGCUAGCCGAGAUAAUGAGCAGAAUCGCGGAAUCUUCACUAGGGUUGAUGAACGAGAAGCAGGAUCCGUUCGUUGGCGACGAAUUGAAAAAGAAGUAACCGUUAGAAGGCUACUUUUGUCUUUGCAUAUUUUUGUUUUGAAUAAAGCUGGAAUUAGAAAUGA